GGUUCGCCGUCGCUGCUGCUGCCGCCGACGACGACGACGACGACGACGAUGCUGCUGCUGAUGCUGCUGAUGCUCGCCGUGCAAGGGUCGCGGGGCGCUGGAGCCUAUCCCAGCUGACUUCGGGCCAAAGGCGGACUACACCCUGAACAGUCGCAGGGCACAUAUAGACACGGACAACCAUUCACACCGUCACUGAGUGGGAACUGAACCCACGCUGCCCGCACCGAAAUCAGGCGAGUGCACCACUAGAGGGUACGGAUGAUGAUGAUGAUGAUGAUGAUGAUAAUUGGAUUAUUUUCGAGGAGAGUUGACCGCAUAUUAACCAUGUGCAACAGAAAAUUAAGUACUUUUUUCAGUGUUGACUCUACAUGAAUAAUCCGCUUUUUCAAUGCCGUUGAUGGCUUUUUGGCUUCCGCAAAGGAGGAGAAUGACACCUAUUGCCAAUAAUAAUGAGUGGUGGCACUUCAUGCUGCUAACAAUGGUCCGUUGCGCCCCCUGUAGGUUGGGAGGGUGAGCAACAAGAAGGCACGCAAAAAGCUUUGCUGUUGUCCUUCCGUCAGCAGAAAGCAGGAGAACGACUGGCCGAUGGCAGUUUUCUGGAACGGUGACCAUUGACGUGAUUUUGUUGUCGUUGCAGUGCGGCCUCAGGGUCUGGACCUGGCCGACGCGCUGGACCCCGCCGACGCUCAAAGUACGUACUGGAAAGUGAAGCGUUCCGACGCGCGCGGAUCACAACAUUCCGAACGUGGCCCAUCGUCAGUGUCACUUUGAAACAUGACAUUUGCCAACAUAGGAAGUCGCCGAGUUCAGUGUCAUUUCUAGGCUUGCUCCAAAUAGCAAACGCGAAUAUGUGCCUACACGUACGUGAAUGUGACGCUUGUGACCUCAUGUUGUGUCUGUUGCUCACAGCCACGCCGGCGCCAUUGCCAGGCACCGGGGCUCCGAACAGGGCCAAGGGAAAACCAGCCGCCGGCGAAUUGGACCUGGCCGACGCCCUGGACCCCGACAACGACAUCGACCGGAACGAGGGGCCCCGACCCGGAGGAGGGUUUUCUGACAGCGACCUGAUUGAUGUCAGCAAAGACGACAGCUACAAACCCGACAAAGGCAAAGGCGGGCGACCGAGCGGCGAUCGCGAUCGUGUCGACCAACGCGGCGACAAUAGCGAGACCACCGCCGAGGUUGGCACCAUCGCGGGCAUCGUUAGCGCGGUGGGCGUGGCGCUGGCGGGCGCCGUCAGCAGCUACAUCUCGUACCAGAAGAAGAAGCUGUGCUUCGGCAUCCGGCAGAGUCUGAACGCGGAGACGGUGAAGGCCGACAAUCCGGAUGCUGUGCUGACAACAGAACCGCAAGAACAACCGAUAUUAGUGCCGUACUCACGAGCUGAGAGAGGAUUAGAGACGUCUCAAUGUAGGCGUUACUUUGAGCUCGAGGCAGCACACGUAUAUCAAGGCACUAGUAACCAACUAAGUCCAACAGACGCUUCCGGAGCAGGCCAUCGCCGACAAUGUUGUGUAACAACGCAGCGCAAACGAGUCAACGUGAUGCUCGGCUUUCAGACGCUCAACGACGCGCGGUCUUCGCAAUCCACAGUUCGGGUUUCUUUCCUGGAAUAUUUUGUAGUGUGUUAUUGAGUUGCUGGCGCCCCAGUACAAAACAUUUCUGUUCCUGUGCACUGACUGACAAGCGCUUUUGCGCUUCCUGCAAAAUGUGACAUUUUCACUCAUUCAUUAAUUUAUUGAUACUUUUUCUGUGCUACUAGUGCAACUAUCUCAGUGUUUUUUUUUUUACUUGUACAUUUCUUUAUCCUCCAACUAUACUCACUCUUAAUAGUGGACUAAUAUAGCACUGGUGGUGUGUGUGUGUGUGUGUGUGUGUGUGUGUGUAUUUUGAUCUCUUAGUAGCAAGCCGAAUGCUGCGUGUUCCCAUUUGCUGCCAUCUUUUGACGACGAAAACCACAACAAUUACACCAUAUUAGCCACUCGUCAUGCUAAUGAUAAGAAGAAUGUGUUUAACGUUUUGCUGACAGAUGAAUGUUUGUGUGUAAAGCUGUUUUCACGUCCACGCAACGGCUAAAUAAAACGUUUGGCAAGACCGCUAUUGAGACCGGGAGCUUUUAUUCUCGUUUUGUGUGAAACAUCGUACACAGAGCGGGACAUAAUGAGCGCAAAGAGAAAAGAGCGGCUUGGGAGCACGACGACGGCAUCGGUUGGGCGAAGCUUCUCAAACUGCGCUCUGCAAAAUCAUCAAUAGAGCGGGCGCAAAGCGACACGUGGGGAAGAUGUCCGCCGGCCUACCUUGAUCUGGGGCCAAGGGAAAGCUCGGAUAUGAUAGCGACGUAUAAUCACAA